CAGUUCGUGCACAACACGUGUUCGCUGAUAUUGUUGAUUAUUCAAUUGUUUACUGCAGCCAAAACUCUAUUUUUUUAUCGUUAAAAAAUGCCUGCAGACGCUAAAGUGAGUGUUUCGACUGAGGAUGACGACAAUACGGACAAGAAUCCUUAUGGUUAUCUCAAUCGAGAGGAUUUCACCUCUGAGAAGUACAAAAUUGAAAUUCAGGGACUGCCGAAGUACUAUGGGAUGAAGGAGUUGAAGACCUUGUUGAAUAACAAAUUGGAGUUGGACUCCAGCAAGGUGAAGCCACCGAAGAGGGGGAGUGGCUGGCUUUUUGUGUGCUUCAAGAGUGAGGAGGCUGUCGACAAGGCUAUCAAUACCAUCAAUGGCAUGACUUGGAAGAAUUGUAAACUUAUGGCGAGGAAAGCAAAACCAGCCCCAGAUCCUUUCAUAAAACGAAAGAUGGAGGCCGAAAACGACUCUGCAAAAAGGCAAAAAUUGGAAUCCGAAUCAGAGACAAUUUCCCCUGAGCUUCAAGUAAAAACGAGUACAACUCCCCUCUGGGACAUUCCCUACGCCAAGCAAUUGGAGUUAAAAACCAAGGAGAUACGAUCAGUCCUGCAGAAGCUGGGUCAGACCAUAUGGAAGCAGAAUGCGCCCCUCUCCAAGUGGAUUCAGCAGCAAGAGACCAAAAACAAUGGCUUGAUCUGCGAGCUUCUGCCAAUUCUGAGUCCGUCCGUGACAGAGGGGUACAGGAACAAGUGUGAAUUCACAGUGGGAAGGAGUCGCGAUGGCAAGGAAGUUGUCAUUGGCUUCAGAUUAUCCAGCUAUGCAGCUGGAUCGACAGCUGUUGGACCCAUCGACGACCUGUGCCACAUUCCCCAGAGCAUGAAGACAGCUGUCAAAUUGUUCCAAGGAUUCAUCAGGGAAUCCAAACUGGAACCCUUCGACCCAGUGAAUCAUCAGGGAUACUGGAGGCAAAUCACUGCCAGAACAACCAGAUUAAAUCACCUCAUGCUGAUUGUUGGAGUUCACCCUCAGGAGCUGAGUGACGAGGAAGUUGAUAAUUUGAAGAGAGAUAUCUCGAGAUUUUUCGAGGAGGAAGAGGGGAAGGAGGCAAAUGUUACGUCCUUGUAUUUCCAGACAAUCAGUAGGAGAGACUCUGGAGGAGAGGGAGGAGGUUCCUUCCAUCAUCUCAGUGGGUCUGAGUACAUUGAAGAGGAACUGAUGGACAUGAAGUUCAGGGUAUCCCCUCAGGCGUUCUUCCAAGUUAAUUCUCAAGGAGCUGAGAUUCUGUACAAAGCAGCAAUUGAUCUAGCUAAACCGAAUAAGGAUACGUCGGUGCUGGAUGUUUGCUGUGGGACUGGGACUAUUGGACUCACUUUUUCGAAGCAUUGUGGAGAAGUUUUGGGACUAGAGAUGAUACCAGACGCGAUAAAAGACGCGAGGGAGAACGCAAAGAUGAAUAAAGUCGAUAACUGUGAAUUUUUCAUUGGAAAAGCUGAGGAUAUACUCAAGACUGUUCUCCAGAGGACUACAAAGCCUGAUGUUGUGGCUGUCGUCGAUCCUCCACGCGCAGGAUUGCAGCAACAGGCCGUUCUCGCCCUUCGAAAAUCGAAAUCAUUGAAGAGAUUGAUCUACAUCUCCUGUGAUCCCAAAGCUGCGACUAGAAACCUCGUGGAUUUGGCGAGGCCGACCUCGAAACAAUACACUGGAGAUCCCCUGGUGCCUGUCAAAGCUGUACCUGUUGAUAUGUUCCCUCAUACUAAUCAUUGUGAACUGGUAUUUUUGUUGGAGAGAGUGUCUAUAGCUGACAAGAAAUAA